AUGCGUUCUUUCAUUCUCUCGUCUGCCCUAGUGGCAGGCCUGGCUGAGGCCUACACCGUCACCACCUCCGAUCUGUUCAUGUACAAGAACAUCGAUCCUCUCGUGGUGCCUGGACAGUACAAGUCCCACAUGCACAGCUUCUUCGGGUCCGACGCUGUGACCGUGAACACCACCACGUCAGCUGAGCUGCAGGAGGGGUGCUCUUCCACCGCCAACCCCAAUGACUUUUCCACCUACUGGGUCCCUACCCUCUACCUCGUCAAAGACGGCACCCGCACCCCGGUGACCGUCAACCGCUUCAGCGCGUACUAUAUCGACCUCGACAAGGCCGAAAUCCCCAUCCCACAAGACUACACCGACCUCGCCGGCAACGCAGGCGCCCAGUCGCAAGCCGACGUCGACUCCAACGCCGGCAUCCAAUGGUUCUGCGAAGGCGACGCCGCCGAAGACAAGGACGACGCCGCCUUCCCCUCGAACACCUGCUCGACCCACCUGCAAACCCUCCUCCUGUUCCGCGACUGCGUGAACCCCGACACCCUCGAGUCCGCGUACUCGGGCAACCCGCGCGUCAACGACGGCUACGGCGACAACUGGUGUCCUACGGGCAUGUCGCGGAUCCCUCGUCUGCGCUUCUCCAUCCGCUACGACCUCCGCUCUCUGCUGCCGGACGGAUGGUCCGGGGAAGCGCCCUUCGAGUUGGCCUGUGGGUCGUCGUACUGCUCGCACGGCGACUUCAUUAACGGGUGGAUUCCCGAGGCGGCGCAGAACAUGGUUGGUGCCGAGUCGAACCGGAACUUUGUGGCGAUUGACGGGCCCAAGGGUAACGCGGAUGCUGGAUCCGUUUGUGGUGCGGAGAAUGCGCAGGAUGCGGACCCGGAUCACGGAACGAGUGAUUAUGAGAAGAGUGUCGAGAUGAUGGGGAUGAGCACCAAGAAGGUUCGCAGACAUAUGCGUUUUGGUCGCGUGCAUUACUAG